ACAGCCAAGCGACACAUGAUACACUCCUAAAAGCAGCUUCACAGAGACCAGAGCACCACUGCAGCCAUUGCGCCUGGAACAACGCGAAACCUCACAUCCCGCCAGUAGCAAACGCACAAAAGCCACUGCCAAAUCAGGUUUUGCGGACUCGCAACCGAUCAGCGACAGCACCCCUUCCUUCCUUCCAACCCAUAAGUACUGGUACCGGUACCUUCUCCGUUGUCGCUCCCACCCUCCCUCCUUUCUUCCCUCCCCUCCCUUCCCAUCCCCGCACGCUCGCUCGCCCACCCACGCACCAUCUCCCGGUCCCGCACUGCGAAAGGUGAAAGCAAAAAUUCUAAACUCUCCCCCUCCUCACGAUCACAGCUACAGCUGGUUAUAAACGAUAGGAUACGAUAACGAGUCCAACGAAUUAGAGAGUAUGACCGAAGUGACGGCAAAGUCGGAUACCCGCUGGGACGGUUUCCACAUCUUCAUAACCUCCAUCGGUCUGGCCAUCUUCUCAACCACGACCGCGGGAAUAGCCAUAGCGGAAACCGCCCUUACCGUGAACAUUCUCGCGUAUGAUGAUCCCUUCUUUCUGUUUUCCUCUCCUUCUCCUGUUUCCCUCCUUCUGUCCCUCGCUAACAAGGAAUAAACCCCCACCGCCAACAGCGCGACAACCCUCACCCUCUCCCUCAUCACCCUCAUCCACUCGCUGGCCGAUAUCGUCCUCUUCAAAAAGUCCCACCUGAACCCUGUCUACGCCAUCAGCCUAUACAGCAUCCUCUUCACCUUUUGGCUUAUCCAGACGUCAUGGGAGCUGGUGGAGGUGGUAUACAUAAAUAAUGGUGCCUACUAUGACUACUACGGGGGCAUGUUUGGGUGCAGCAUUGGCGAUACGCAGUUCUAUCUGUUCUCCCAGGGGUUCGACGUUAAAUGCCCGUUGCCAAAGGGGAGGUUUGGCCUUAGUUGGUUCAUUUUGUAAGUCCUUUUUUUCUUCCUCUUCUUCUCCAAAGUAUGCAGGGGGGCUAAUAUAGAGCCGCGGUGGGGGUACUGUAGGAUUUUGUACAUCGCCGAGAUAGUAUUCGCGGCCCAGGUACUCAAGAAGGACCAGAAGAGGAAGUGGGUCAAGUUGAUCGAUGAGAGGAUUUUGGCCUUCGGGAAGGGUGGUGCUGGACGGUUCAGCGGGGAUGAGAGUGUGUACGAGGAGUUCGCCAAGGAUCCUGCGGUCGCUGGUCAGAAUGCCACCGAAUCCCCCGCUCAUGCCGCGGUGUAGGCUUCCGUGCACCGCUUAACGUUGCGUGGGCACUAUGCGAGGCGGGUCAAGAGGUGGGUUAAUCGGGUUAUGAUUUGCGCAGGUUGGAAACGGAAGCGAGGAGGCGAGGGUGGAGGUUCAGCUCAGUUCAGUUCAGUUCAGUGGUUAUAAUCAUUUUCUAUCUUAGCAUUACCCCAGUAUCAAUCAAAUCGCCGUCAGUGUCCUCAUAAGACUAUUUUCUUAUCGAACCGAUUACCCAAGACCCCGGCCCGUGCGUAAAGUUAAGCUUAAAUCAACGUUUGUCCCGCACUGUGGACCUUGGACUCUCCUCCACUCGCCUCUUUACAAAGCUAACCUCCAGCCGCAACACACCGUAGCACCGACUAAUCAUUCCGACCGUGAUAUUACCGGACUAACCAAAUACAACGACCCAGGGAUUAAGAUAACAGUACGAGUACAGAUUGCCCGGGGAGAAGUUCUCGCACAAGACAGGAGUUAUCUUGCCGGUUAACUAUCCCUAUCAACUUUGAACAAGACACAAUCGACAGAUAUUACAAAGAAACUUCAAUCAUCCCGCCAAACGAGGGCCUGUAACCCCCAGACCAGCUCCUCGCAAUUCAUGACAUCAGGCGACCCUCUUUUUUAAAAAUAAAAAUAAAAUAUAAAAAAAUAAAAUAAAAUAAAAUAAAAGUACAGUAUCAUACAUGUCACUCAUACCCGGAACGUGACUCGCACGACAGCAGUGCGAAAGGUCCACCCAACCAAAAAGGCAGUCCAAGUCCCGUGGAGAACGAAAAACGAGAGGAAUAAUAUAUUACCCAAAGACCAAGGCGAGAUCCAACCCACGCAUGCCGACCUACCGAUGCAGACCUACAGAGACGGGACGGACGGACGGACAAGAUAAAUAUAAGUUACCACAGAGGGAAAAAGAGAGAUACGGUUAUUCAAAUGCGGUGUAACGAUAAAGACUAUUCUUUUUCCCCCACAGGUAUAGGAGAGUUCUCGAGCAUCUUCCGUUUUCCGAGCGUAAUUUGGGUUGCUCGGAAUGGUCCAAUCCGUACGAUGGUAUCGUACAAUGCUGUACU